UUCUCAAACGUUUCUAGGCUGACUGAGAAUCUUCAUAAACAUGACUCAUAUGACCAUUUAUAUUGUCUUCGGGCCCAUGGACACUUUUUUUUUUUUUUUUGGAUGAGAGGCGAAACGUCUUGAUGACAAGGAUCCUUUUAAUGUCGUGUUUCCAUUCCUGACACUCGGACCAAACACACACUUGCUGUAGGGUUCCAUUUUUACUGCUUUGAAAAGACUUACACAGUGUUUAUUGUUUCAGGUGAAGCAGCUGAGCUGAGGAUUAUGAGGCAGGGAGAUUGUGUCAUGUUUCCUGCUCUGCUCUCGUGGGUUCAUCUCACAGUCAGGAGGAGAAGUUUUGGCGAAACAUUGGAUUUGUAAGGACGUUGACAGCCACAGAGAUGGAGGCUCACUGCCUUUUAAUCCGGAUGAACGGAUUCGAAUGAUGUGAUGCUCCUUAAAGCCCCGCCCACUCAACUGCUGAUGUACACUGAAGUAAAAGUGAGAGAGGAGACAGAAGACGGUGUCGGUCGGUGCUGCUGCACUGAGCAGAGGAGAAGAGAUGGAACUGCAGCCCGGAUCGGCCGUCUCCGUCUGAGCUGGACAAUGAGACGCUGGUGGACAUGUGAGGACAGUCCUUAUAUUUUCACAAGAUGCUGACUCAACCGUGAGGCUGUGAAAAUGAACACCUCCUCCUGCUGUGAACCCCCAGCCUUCCAUGGAUUGGCUCUCAACGUCAGCUCUAACUGGACCUCGGCGGACGGCGGACCGCUGCUGCCCACCUUUUCCACAGCCGCCAAAGUCAGAGUCAUCGUCACCUUCAUCCUCUGUGGCAUCUCCACCUUCUGUAACUCUGCUGUGCUGUGGGCAGCCAGUGGUCACAAGCGCCAGUCCCAUGUCAGGGUCCUGAUAAUCAACCUGACCGUCGCCGACCUCCUGGUCACCUUCAUCGUGAUGCCGGUGGACGCCGUGUGGAACAUCACGGUGCAGUGGCUGGCCGGCGAUCUGGCCUGCAGAUUCUUGAUGUUCCUCAAACUGCAGGCCAUGUACUCCUGUGCGUUUGUCACCGUGGUGAUUAGUCUGGACCGACAGUCCGCGAUUCUCAACCCUCUGUCCAUCAGCGUGGCCCGGAAGAAGAACAGAACGAUGCUGAUGGUGGCGUGGACGAUGAGCGCCUUGUUCUCAGUUCCGCAGAUUUUUCUUUUUCACAACGUCACCAUUACAUAUCCAGCCAACUUCACCCAGUGCACCACCAGGGGGAGCUUUGUCACCCACUGGCAGGAAACUGCCUACAACAUGUUCACCUUCUCCUGCCUCUUCCUGCUGCCACUGGUCAUCAUGAUAGUCUGCUACACCAGGAUCUUCAUCCAGAUGACGAAGACCAGCAUGUCCUCCAGUGAGCCUCACCUGCGCUGCUCAAAGAACAACAUCCCCAAGGCCAGGAUGAGAACCCUGAAAAUGAGUAUCGUCAUCGUGAUAUGCUUCAUAGUGUGCUGGACUCCCUACUACCUGCUGGGCCUGUGGUACUGGUUUUUCCCCGACGACUUGGAGGGAAAGGUCUCUCACUCCCUCACCCACAUCCUCUUCAUCUUCGGUCUUUUCAACGCCUGCCUGGACCCUAUUAUCUACGGACUGUUCACGAUACGUUUCCGUAGAGGGCUCCGAAGCGGCCGUCGCUUCGCACACGCGGUGACUUCAUUCCACGAGACUAAAUCUGCAGAAAAGGAGGCUUUGAACUGCACUGCCAUGGGUUCGUCCUGCAGGAGAGGGGUGAGGAGCGAGGGCAAGGCCGGCGACUGUUCACACACUGUCCUCAAAUCCACUGACAUGUGUUUAACUGUGUUCACUCAAGGAGGGCGACGCUCUCACGACAUACACACACAACACACACAACACACACUGUGAGCUGGACUGGAGAAAAGUGAAGCUGUCAUUUCCUUUUUUUUCUUUCUCCCAUGUUCUGAUUUUAUUAUUUUCUUUUUUCUCUAGUAAUCGUGGACUGGAUUCAUCCUACUCACAACGUCAGAUGUUCAUUUGUGCAGUAAGGCUGAAAACAAAAUGGAGAAACCAUUGUUCUGUACAGAUAAGUGUAAAGAAAAGUGUCUUUAGGAGCCGAGAACCUGAGGCUGCGCCGCUCACAGUAGAGGUUGUUUGUGUAAAAAGCUUUUAGAUUUGAGCAAGUGUGUGUGUGUGUGUGUGUUGGUGCAUGUGUGAUUGUUGUGCAACUGCUCUGUGCUAUACAAUGCACAUUCACUGUAAAUGAAAAGCGGUCUUUGACAGAUUACACAACGAUCUGUCCUCUCUGUACAGCAGCUCACUGUGGUACUCCUCUGUUUCCUGCUCUUAGCCACAGUAUGAACAUGUAGUACUGUAGUACUGUAGUACUGUCCAGUUGUAUCAUAAUUAUUCUAAGAGCAUUGGUCGGUUCUGUCAUCAACCGUAUGGGUUGGUCCCAGGUGUUUCAGUCCAUUAGAACAUGCAGUGUUGACGUUUUCAGUGUGUAUCCGUAGGUCAGUGAUUUCCAAUCUUUUUUGGCCACAGACUCCUCUGUGUUUUUUUUUAGUACUACUACUUAGUAGUUGAAUAAUGUACCAGUCCUGAGAUUGAUACAAACCAGGAAAAAAUUAGUAACACAUCUCAAACACUGACUUGUCUCUAGAACUGACAGUCAUUUAAUGGUUUUUCUCUCAUAAAUAAAUUGACAAAAUCUGACCAAGACAUUUUUAGAUGAGAAACAACUUUGAUUAUAAAUGCUUCUGUUUCACAUACAGGCCACACCGGAAUCUAUCACACACCAAUCUCCUUUCGGUGAAAAAUUAAUUAAAACUGAGUUAUUGAAUCCUGUCUCCAAGUCUCUAAAGACCGGAACUACAGAGAGAUAUACAAGAGCUUUUUUAUUAUUGUUUUUGAAAUGUCUUUGAAAUAAAAAAUGAGAUAUUAUCUCCUAAUAACAAGUUAGUAUCUUAUCACUAUGAGAUACUACCUCAUUAUGAUGGCAUAGUAUCUCAUUAUUGAAAGUUAUUAAUUGAUAAUAACAAGAUACUAUAUCAUCAUAAUGAGUUACUAACUCUUUAUGAUUCUGUGAUUUUCUUGUGGAGAAAACUCUUGUGUUGGUAAUAAUCUGCAGCAGCCACAGCUGCCACAGCCGCCUUCACUGAUUCUGCAGCUAUUUACACUCUAACGUAGUUUGCCAGUGAAGCAGAAGGUUGUUGUGUUUCAGUAGAACAAGUCAUUGUUUAUACUGAACCACACAGAGUGUUUUGAAGUGUGUGCUCACUAAUAAUCUGUCUUUUUAUAAUUUUUUUUUUUUUUAAAGCAAACCCACACUUCUCUCUUCUAUCCAUUAAAUCUCCAUUGACGUGAGAAGGUCACAUGGUUUGACAGUCACAUCAUCAUCACAGGCUUUUUCUCUGGUGUCUUUUUUUUUCUUCUGCUUCUUGUUGCCAUCAAGCUGAGCUUCAAUCCAGCACAUAAAACAAACAUGUGCUGAGUUUGUACUGAAUAUAACAGUCCGUACACAGUACAUGAAGGUACAUGAAGGUACAUGAAGGUACGUGGAGGCACCUGGAGAUUUGUUCUGUAAAUGUCAGCUGCUGAUGUUGUUGCCUUUGAGGAUCUGGUGAAAUCACAGCUUCUGCUUCAUUUAGUCUGUCAAGUUCAAGGUUUUUUUUUUACUGUUUCAAUGUAUAAAAUAAUUAUUAUCAGACAUUACCAUGUGUCCAAACUAAUGAGACAUGAAGUUCAAAAAGAGACAGGAAGGAUUUGAGGCAGAGAUACAGACACAUUAUUAAGCUGAGACAUUUAACAUCAAAACAUUUUAAUAAACUUAUUCUGAUCCGACAUUUCACUUAUAAUAUUUAGAGCAUACAUUGGAAAUGUCCUUCACACAAUAUUUUACAAUUUUAAACAAAAUCUUAAUGAUUAGCAAAAUCUGCAUGCAUUUUUUGUUUUGUGAAGCAAGAAGCUAGUCAUGACAAAAUAGACACCAAGAAGAGGCUCAGGAAUGGCACUGAUGGGAAGAAAGUUCCUCCUUUAAAAGUCAUGCAAAUCAGAAUGCAGUCCACAUUUAUAUUCAUGUCAUACUUUGACUCGCUGAACUUGAAUAUAUAUUUUUUUACCUGAAGUCACUCUAUGGUAGAUUGAAUUUUGUUUCUUUAUCCAACAACAAUGAUUUCGAUUUGAAGCCAAACAGCAGCUGAACCCCGUCAUGACAAAGAUUUUUUGGUUUUUUUGUUUGUGUCUUUUGUGUGAAACAUUGAAAGCAGAUAAAGUGCAGAGAUAGCAGACGACCAUUAGGGGGCACUUAGGGCGAUAACACACUCUCAUUUAUCAAAACAUCAGACACGAGGGGCAACGAUCAUUAGUAACUCACUCUGUCGUAUCAAAGUGCCUUUCAACACCAGCCUUCUCUCCAGAGACCUUUUCAGUCAAACGCUGCUGAAAAGUUUGCCACCGACUCGACUGCGUUGGUUCACUGUCACUCUGUCCACCAGGGACGUGCGGCCAGGUGAAGCUCACUGGUUCUUUACAUCAUGCAGAGUAGAACGUCCUGAGAGAGCGGUGAGCAGCCACUGAAUCUGCCCGGUUGUUAAAUCUGUGAACUUGACUUUCAUCUAUCAAAAGUGAAAAUGUUUCUUUGGGUCCGCUGAGAGGUCUCUUCAGUCGUGAAGUGAGAGGUGAAACCAGGACUUAACCUGUGAGGUGUAACAGCCUAUAAUCUAAAUUGGAUUGGAUGAGUUUUAAUACCUGUGGUCAUUCAUCCAGCAGAGGCAGUGUGGAGUGGACGUGGGACAGAAGAAUCCAAAAAAAAAAAAAAAAAAAAAUCGAAAGAGAUAAAAGGACAGCAGUGUGGGUGGGAGAAAGACCACCUUUUUUCGUUACUUUGACAUAGAUUCUUGACCAAAAUUAAAACCCAGUCAUCGAGGGUGAAACCAUUGUCCUGUUGGAGCAGAAGGACAACAGACCUGAAGCUUUCUGUUUCUCCCAUUAAUUCAUCUUUUAUGAUGAAAUCAUAUUGUGAUGAAUGAAUGUAGAAGUCGAUGUCGUCGUGCAGCCUCGCAUUUACAAAACACAUCUUUGUAUUUUGGGUAUCAUCUUUAAAUCCUGUAAAACAGGGGAAAAUGGUGGAAUAUAAAUACAGUCAGUACUGUUAUAUAUUGACUUAAUAUUGACAAUACAAAAUAUAGCAGAAUAGGUUUUGCAAAUAUUAUUAAAAAUUAAAAUUAGAUCAGACACUGAGCACAGGUUUCGGCAACUGUGUGGAGAAAAAUGUCUAAUUCAACAAGAGAAAAGUCUGCAGCAGAUCCAGGUGCAGACGUACUACACUCUAAUACUACAUACAGUGAUACCAUGAGUACAGCUGCACAAGCUACAACCAGUAUACGUGGUUGUAGUGUCAUUACUGCCUGUUAAACCCCAUGUCGUCUUCAGUGACAGACAGGAACAGGAUCAUAAACCCAGAAAAACAAAUCAUAAAUGCAGACCAACGUCUAGAAAAAAAAAGAUUAUUGACUUUAUUGUAAGACAGAUUGAAUUAGCUGAGACACAGACAUAAUUGGUUUCCAAUAAGAUUAGUCUUUAUUCCCCAGAGCCAUUAUGUCUGAGAGCAGUGACAGUGUUUAGACGGCAAAUCUGGAAGACAUUUUCAAAGGAUCAGAGGAGCUGGUCCUGGUUUAUGAUCUGAUCAUAAACAAUGUCAUUAAUUAACUGCUCCUUUUCCACUCUCUAUGUGUUGUUAUGUGAAGCUGCACUGAUUAGGAGAAUGACUGAGCGAUUUAUAAACCUUUGUUAUCUCCGUGGAUAAAUAUCAGUGCCACUGUGAAGCUUCAGUCAGAGGCCGAUGUUCGGUCUGAGCCUCCAAAGACCGUUUCAUCCUGGAUCUGUUUCAGGAAUUCAGGCCUGUAACGAUGACCGUUACUGAUUUACAUCUCAGUGUAUCCUCUGCGAACUGGAACUUAUCUGUUUCUAACCAAAGGCAGUGGAGUUAUAGUUUACCACAGUCUCUCCUGUGAGUGGAGGAAAUCACUGGAGGAUUCUACAGGCUCUGAACCCCGACUCUCUUUACUUUGUCUUUCUGCCAGGCUUAUUCUAAAGAGAAAAAAAAAACAUUCUUGGAGGGACAUCAAGGAUGAACUUGAGGACCCUUUCCCACUGAGUAUAAAUUAUUCCAUUCUUGAUUAUUUAUGACUUAAUCAGGGUGCAUGUUUAAUACAGUGAAUACAAAUGUAUUGAUUCUUCAAAGAAAUAUAAUUGUUUAAUGGUGUGCAAUGCCAAAUAUUUUCCUCAUUUUAUUUUUUUUCAAAGAUGUAAAUAUUAGUGUUAAAUAUAUGUUGGGAUGACAAGUCAUGCUAUUGCAAAUACAAAAAGGAAAGAAGAAAGCAGACAAGGUUAAAGAGAGACUGUACAUGACAAAUGUGUACGACAAAAAUAAUUUUCUUUUGAAUGUUUAAGACCAUUAUGUUAUUGUUUUAUGUUGUAUGUUUAUACAAAUGUACGCAGUCAGAAAUGUGGAUACAGAUCCUGAUCUUAUGUAACUCUAAUAACCAGUUCUCCACACAGUAGUUUGCAGAGUGACUUACUGGCUGUGCGUAGGUAAAAAUGAAUCCUAUGGAUAUACUACUUAAGUCAAUGUAUAUGGAGUAUUAUUGCAGUACAGCUCAAAAUAUGUGAAGGGAUGAUUGAAUGGUUUUCUCAUUUCCUCUCUUUCUGUGAGGCCUCCAGCCAUCUCUGGACCAGGAUAUGACAAACCAAAAUGAGGAAAAGGCAUUACGUGGGGCCACAACGCAGGCAUGACGA